AUGGAGAAUGAUCAGACAAUAAACCCAUCAAAAGAACCGAACCAGCAAGUACUGAUCACUUCAUCAUCAUCAUCAGAUCAUGAUGAUCAAACGAGUACAGGUGGAGGAGCAGGAGAAGGAGGUGGAGGUGGAGGUGGAGGUGCAAGUCAAGUUGUUGCUAUGGUUAGGUCGUAUGAGUGCAGUUUUUGCAAGAGAGGGUUCUCCAAUGCGCAGGCGCUUGGAGGACACAUGAACAUUCACCGUAAAGAUAGAGCCAAGAUAAAGCAAUCUCCAUCACCAUCGUCAGUCGAAGAUACAAGUAAAAUGAUCAAGUGGCCUUGGAUGAAUCUUGGCGGUGGCGAUGCAACUGAUGAUGAUGAGACCACCACACAACAAUUCCUAAAUAUGCCUUCGUUUGUCCCCAGACCGGCUAGCAGUCACCAUGGACAAGAUAAGACAAACACUAGUCAAGUACAUGACAAGGAAGAGCAAAGUUCGGAGUUAGACCUGGAGCUUAGGCUGGGUCCUGACCCAAAUCCUCCUCCUCAUCAUGAUCAUCAUGGUUCAUCAACGACGGGAACGGGUACCAGAAAGUUCUUUUGA